AUGCGACGUGGUGGUGCUCUCCGUGUUCUCCCCUUACCGGCGGCACAAACUCAGCGUGGACAGCACCCUUCGAGGUGGAAGAGACCAAGGUGCGGGUGGAUUAAAAUGAAUACAGAUGCAGCAAAAGGAGCAUACCGAUUGGCGGGUUUGGGUAUGGUUUCCCGCGACUCAAAUGGUGAUAUCAUGGCAGCGGCAACCCGAUACCCUGUGGUGGUUCUUUCUCCGGUCAUUGCUGAAGCACUUGACCUCCAGUGGUCCAUGGAGCUUGCUACCCAACUUGGUUUCCGUUCAGUUCAGUUUGGGACGGAUAAUCUUGAGCUUUACCAUGCUUGGCGGAAGCGGAAUGGAGUGUCUUAUUUAUUUUCUAUUAUUAGUGAUUGUUAUGCUUUUAUUCCUUUCUUUGAUCAUGUUGAACUUUCCUUUGUUCGCCGUAAUGGCAAUUCCGCGGUAACCUAUAUGGCUAAGAAUGCUUCUUCUUUCCCUGAGCAUGUUUGGGUGGAGGAGGGACCUUCUGGUUUGAGUCCUUUCUUGGAUUCUGAUGUUUUGACUUCAAUGCCCCAUUGA